AUGCGGUGCAGAACCAUUCGAGACAAUUAUUGGAUAUCGGACGGGCGGACGGUUUGGAUAUCGCUUGUUUUGAUGGAUGAUGUACUUAAGCAGUUGGAAGAUGCAGCUACUGCACAACUGCUGUCGGUAAAGUCGGAAGAUCGUAAACGAGCAGAAGAGAAGAUUUUACAAUUCCGUUCAUGCUCUGAGCCUUACGAAAUCUGCACUGUUAUUUUAACUCGUUCAAAUAAUGAUUGUCUGCUAUAUGAAGCUGGUCGAUGUCUGUCCCAUGCAGUGGUUAGAGAAUGGAAUUCUGUUUUCGCUUCGUCAUUUGAAAGUGUAGAUGGCUGUAAAGCACUGCAGCUUCUAACUUUUAUCUUGGAAUGGUCACAAAGUCGUGGAUUCGAGUGCGGUCCUGCUGCUCGUCAGCGAAUUUUAAGUGCUGCUGGAGCACUCGUUAAAAGAGCUUCAGCAGCCCAUGCCGAAAAAGUUGCUGCUGCCUGGAGAUCUACAAAGGUCGAUGAAAAUGUCAUUCAUACAACUGGCCUAGGAUCUCGAAUACUUACCACACCACCAGAUGAUCCAGGACCUGCUUGUUGGUUAUUGAUUAAGUUGAUUGAACACAUCGAAGAGUUGAUCCAGCCGCUUACACAAUCAGACUUAUCUGGCAUAAAUAACGAUCAAGAACCUAUUUUUAAACGAGGAUUAUUAGGUCUGUUUAUAUUGUCUGCAUUAUUGGAUGAAUUUUCCUACUCCGAAGACAGUGCACAGCUGAAUAUGCCAUUGGAAGCACAUGUUUUCCUUCGAGCUAGAUUUCAGGACUAUGAACUAGUACGAUUAUUUAAAAAUUUACUUUGCUUAGCAAAUCAACUGUUAGUUUAUUGGUCAUCGCUGGAUUGUUCAGCAUUAAGUCAAGGACAAAGUGAAGUUGUAUUCAGAGUAAUAAGUUGCCUGGAUAUGAUUACAGGUUGGGAUUUCUUACCACGUGAACUUAUUCGUUUUCAUGCCAGUCAAUUAAGACGUUCUGAUCAAGAAGCUCGUUUUCGUCCUAGUGAUAAAUGGAGUGAUACGAUGGGAACAGAUGCCUUUCCGAGGACUUUAUUACUAUUUAUUAAAUUACACACAUGGGUUCGCGGUUCAGAUCUGCUUGGUGCACGAACAUUGUCAUGUUUAGUUCGCUUCUCUUUAAUGUCUGGCCCUCUGAUUUAUCCAAUUUCUUCAUUAACUUGUAUAAAUAAUAAUUCAUCUUACCACAAUGGAAUUUCUUCAUCAAAUUAUAAUGAAAAUCAAUCACUGGGUUCACCAAGUACAAUGCAUUACCUAAUACUGAUUGAAAAUUUAAAUUGUUGGCUAGGAAAAGAAAUACCUAUGGAAGAUCCCAUACAACUAUCAUUCGAGUCGCUCACAGAUCAAAUACCAGGAAUACGUAAUGAAAUAUCUAAUCGAAUAGCAGAUAGUCGUUCAAUUCCAAGUAUAACAUUAGAAAAUUUAUUACCAUAUGAGUUAUCUAUCUUAUCUGAAUUCAUACUUAAUUUAAUGUUGAAUAGUUCACGUGCAUGGGAACCUGUUGAACGAGUUUUAUCAUUGCCUAAAUUCAGCUCACAAGAAUCUUUAUCCAGUGAAAUAUGCCAGUCUAUGUUUCAUAUUGGUUUAAUUAGUUUAUGGGUGAUGGAUAAAUUCUUUGCUUUUCUUUCUUCCCUAUUAAUACAGUGUAUACGAAUACAGACAGAAUGUUCCACAGAUGGAGAUGAUAAUGGUCAGUUAGCUCAUGAAGCUGUUGAACGUUUAUUCAACUGUUGGAGUGAUCUUCUUGAUUUAAUCCCAUCAUCGUUAAGUGAACAGGCACGAUCUCAAAAGAAUCACAAUCUAACAACAAUUGGUUCUACUGAUGAAGAUAAUUCACCGUUGCCUUUAACUACUGGACAAGUACAAAACUCUGACCAGUUGGCUCAGAAAAUGAAAAAGCUACUUGGAUUGUUACGAAGUAGUAAUUCAUCACGACAAUCACAAUUAUUCCAAUUUUUCCUUGCAUCCAAAAUGGUUCAACCGGUUGGUUUACGUCGAACUUGCAGUCAUGAUAAUAAUGAAGAGAUAGAUCUUGAAUUGGAUGAAGAUGAUAUGACUUCUUCAGAGGAUAGUUUAUUCGCUGUAGGAUCUUGUGGUUUAUCUACUCCUGAAGAAUCAGUCACUACACUUGUUCGUUUAAUAAAUGAACGUGUUACCCAAUUGAUUCAAUUACAAAGCUGUGAAUCUUUAAAAUCAAUUGAUUUAUUCGAAGAUAUUCAUUGGUUAUUAUUGAUUAGUGGACAUUUUCUUGUCUCUGGUCCUGCAUCAUUAACAAGUGUUCUACGAAUGGGUUCUCCAUGGGAUACACAAUUCUCAAUACCUCAUCAAAUUUUAUAUCUUGGUUCUAACGAUACAGUCGAUGUGAUAAAUAGUCGUCGUUUAAUAUUAAUGUCUAUUGCACAAUGUCCUGAUAUGAAUAGUAGUUGGCCUCCAGACAAUUUACCAUAUACACAUAUUCCUUCUUUAAUAAUUUUGUUAUGUUCUCUCUUCCGUCUAUUAUGGUUACAAGUUGCUUAUGGUGUUGGGAGUGCUCAAUUGGUUACGGAUAAUUUUUGGUUAAUGACACGUUUAGCUGUCACAUAUUUCUGCCAUAAUGUAGUCGAUCGGGAUACAUUAAUGUCUAAUAUUUCUCGAUCACCGAUCAUGACAAUACUUCAAGCUGAAUCUGUUCACCCAUUACCAGCACAUCAAGGUGUAUUUUUGUCAAAUAAAACAUAUAACGGAGAAAAUCAACUUUCAGAGAGAAAAGAAAAUCUAUUGCCAGAAAGUUGUAAUGAUAUAAAUCGAGUUUGUAUUCAAGGUUUAUUAAUGUGUGUACGUUUAGCAUUAGAUAAAUGGUCACACGAACCCCAAGCACUAAGUUCACUAACGCGACUAUUGAGUGUGCUCAGUAUGCAUUCACCUAAUUCAUCAUCUGAUUUAGCUUGUUCCGCGUGGUAUGACAUAUGUACGCUUGUCGCUGGUCCUCAGGCUUCAGAACACACAUGGCCUAAUUUGUCGACAGAUAGUUUAAUUCAAUUAGUUGAAGCCUGUUUAUGCGGCAGUUGGGGAAUUGAUAAAACAAAACUAUCAUCAUCGGCAUUAGUUCAGCAGCAGCAUCAAAGUAAUGAAGAUGUCUCCGAUACAUUGCUACUACAGCUUAUCCGCGAGAUUCGAGAACAUGUUCUUCGUGUAAUCAAUGUUCUUACACAUGAUGAGGCGUCUUUCAGUUCACUUCAAGAUUCUACAGCCACUAAUAUGUUGGUUAAUUGUACAGCUGUUUUAAGAGGUGUUUCACGUGCUGUAGGAUCAAUAGCAACAAACAGUAACUCAACUACCGAUUUAGUUUCAUUAGUUUGGAAUGGUCUUUUAGGUCCAUUCUUAUCACAUAGUGCAAAUUAUUUAGUGUUGAAAUGUCAUAAUUACUCAGAUGCUUUACAAUCAUUAUUCUCUUUAUUCACUGAUGUUGCUGAUUCCUGUCUAAUUUAUUUGGCCGGUCUUCCAUCAUCAUUUCCAGAAUCAUUAUUGAAUAAUGAUUCUACAGUUGUACAAUCAUCAUUGGAAACAAAUAAUGAAACUAGAAAUGGUUGUGCUACUCCAUAUGCUUCUGGUUCAUUUUUAAAUUGGACAGUUGUUCUAUGCAAACAUUAUACUAAAAUUACACAAGGUAAAUUAAAUUUUGAAGCGACAUCUGAAGAUGAUCAAAUUCAAGAACUUCAACUUUUACUUAAUCUCCUAAAUCGUGUUCUUUAUCAUGAAUUUGAAUUAAGGCUUAGUGGCGCUAUAGUUUUAUCUCGGGUUGAUAAUGAACUAGUUAUUCAACCAGAUUCUAUGAAUUCUCAAGAUGCAACAUGUAGUACUAUUCCGACAGUUGAUGCAGCCGUUAUUGGUUUAGGACAUUUAUUACCGUUAAUAACAGAAUCUAAUUUAACAAUCCCAGAAUUAUGUCAAGCAUUUUAUUCGCUAGCCUCUUAUGCAUGUGAAUUACGUCCUCAGGGAUUCAUCCGACUUACAGACAAUCAACUCACAUCUUUUGGUCGUCUUCUUCGAUUUGGAAUAUUUGGUGUAGAAUUUGAUCAAUCAAAUCACAUUAAAUCUUCAUCUGCCUCACGAUCUGCAUCAUGUUCAGCAGGAUGUGUUGACAAUUCAGUGGUUCAGCAAUGUUUGGAUAUUAUAAUUUCAUUGACUGAUCAUUUUUUGGAGAUUAGAUCACGUUCUCGUUCUUGUCCUGUAGAAGAGCUUCAAAAUGCUAUUCGUUUGAUCAAUGUUAUCGGUUUGAAUACACAAUUCCUGUCUGACUUAUUCACAUUACUAACAAGAGAAAGUUAUUCGGUCAACUUAGAAGCAUCAUUUUCAUCUGCACUCCUCAAUUUAAUUCAUUUAAAUCCGGAUAACCGCAAAUUUUCGAAUCCUCAAGGUUGUCGUGUUACAGUGAUGGGUUGGGAUUCUCUUAAUCUCCCAAAUUAUAUUGUGAAGGCAAUCAGUGAUUGUGGCUUAGAACAUCCCACACCUAUACAAACUGCAGCUAUACCUCCUGCACUCCACAGUUUCUCCGAUGUUCUUGGAUCAGCGCCAACAGGAAGUGGGAAGACUUUGGCGUUCGGAAUUCCUCUAGUAUCAAGGGUAUUCUCCCUCAAAAAUCUUGAAAACCAGACUUGUGAAGAAGAGUCCAAAAUUAAUAGCUUGAUUGAUCGACAAAAAUGCGAAGUGGCAUCUUGCGUCAAACCUUGUGGGAAAAGGAAGAAAAAAAAGAAGGAAACCGACAUUUAUUCAGGUUUAGAUGUCAUAGAAGAGUUAGAUGUAAAUACUGGAGAAAUUCGCGCAGUCCAUUCCCUUGGCGAUCCUGUUACAGCAGAUCCUGAAACACUUCCAAUUACCAAAUCUCCUGUUUGUUUUGAACCGAAUUCAAAAAGGAAUCGUGUUUAUGGGCUUGUUCUAGUUCCCACCAGGGAAUUAGCUAUUCAAGUAUGAAAGAGUUUUAUUCUAAAGAAAGUUUCCUUUCUAGUCAUUUUUGACGAUUUGCAAACUUGAUUUUGUUCACAUGUAAUAUCCCCCUAUACUCAUAUCUCGGUUAUUUUACAAUUUGUUUCCAAUUUUCGUUCAUUUUUUCUAUAUAUCUGUCCUAAUAAUGCACUUCACACUGAAAAAUAUUCUCAUAAGGUCGUUAUUUAUCUAAACCGGAUCUUGUAUUAAGAUGUUUAUGUACAGUUGCUUUUUAUGUCUAGAGUCACCAAUCACUUUAGCUUGCAGUUAAAUAAGGUGUUAAAUCAAGACUAAUAAACCGUUAUCUUUCGGUCAGUCAUAGAACAACGUAUGAUCUGGUACAAAUAUGUAACAGUCCUAGUUGUAACCCUUCACAUCAACACAGAAAGAAGAAAGUAACAAAACAAAAAGCGAAACGUUCAGAAGAUGUAGCUGUGAAUUAGUUCUGCAUCUUUACUUGGCCAAUUCGAUAGUAACCAGCAUAGCACGAAUUAACAAUGGGUGAAGAUGUGUGAUACCUAACUACUCUAGUUAAUGAAGGCUAGUACGCGCAUCAACCAUCCUUAUCUAACAAAACAAACCGAAAACCAGUAUUAGUCACUUCUUAAUUUCACUAUACUCAAGAGCGCUAUCUGAAAGACAUUUACCAUUAGUUGCUGGAAACUUGCACACGUUCUUGACCUUCACAGUCCACGCUUUGUAAAUCAUACUGAUGUAAACUCGCCCUCUUCCUCGAUAUUAUAUCUCGUCUGUAAUAAAAGUGGUGCAAACAAGCAAAACUCGAGUUAAUCCUUUGCAUUCUUAUCAUGAUCAUCAUCAUCAACGGCUCGUUAAAAAUUCUUACUCGACCAAUACUCUUCGAUCAACAAGUCUUUAACACGUUAGCGUACACCUUUGACAUGCUUUUCACUGAUAUAUAGUACCAUAAAAUCUCAAUUGUCGGAUCCACCUCUAACCUUUGGGCUAGAAAAUACUACUGUCGGGCCGCGAGAGAUAUGUUUGUGCUUUAAAACCCGUAAAAGGGUAAAUAUGUGGUUUGCAUAUCCACAGUUAGGUUUGAAACCUGCCUAUUUCUGGGAUCACAGUUCUUGAGCUCCAUUUGAACGUCAGAUAAUUAUGAAAGCCAGUUUCUCACACUAUAUUAACCAAAUUCAUAUGAUAUUCCCAUUCGUUCUUAUAAAAUGGAAUAGUUAGUAAUCACAACCCACAUAAUACAGUUAUCUUAACGUCCAAACCAUCGAUAGUAUUAAAGUCUAACUGGCGCUCCUAAACCAACAUCACUAAAAAUCGUUGUUCAUCUCCUACAAGAUCUUGGUGAGUGUUGCCCAACUGAGGGAUUGUUGGAAACCAGUUGAAGUAUUCCUCAACGUCUUCGUAUCAUCACAAUUACCUCUUUUAUCUUCAUCCGCGAUAGUUCUACUGACAACAGAUUUUUCAAUCUGUAAUCUCUAUCAAGUCUAAACAUGUGUUUAUUUUGGUCCUUUGCCACUAUUUUACCCAUAGCUCUUAUUUCCGUUCCUGCUUUAUGUUUAGACUUUGCUAGUACGUUUAAGUCAGUGUUUUCAUUAGUGGUCAUUUUUUUCCUCGAGUAAAUAUAGGUUACACAACAUAUUCGUGCUUUAAUGCGAUAUGUCGAUUGUAUUCGUAUUGAAACUAUCGUUGGUGGAAUAUCAGUUGAUAAACAGCUUCGACUUCUUCGACGUUGUCCGGAUAUACUUGUUGCUACUCCGGGAAGACUAUGGCAUUUUAUUCAACAAGUUAGUUCUUUUUAUUUAUUUGUGUCUUGUAUAGAUUGAUUAAUAAAAUUGAGCCAUUUGUAGAAGUUUGAUUUGUAAUGAGGACAAGACAUCAGAAUUG